CAACACCACCGACACCGUAUUAGUUGAAAUUUAAAAGUUAAAAUGUCACCACGUCUCAAAAUAUCAAGCCAUGUUAUUGAGAGACUUUCAAAGGUAGAAAGUGACGAAAGUACAGGAUGCCUGUACGGCCUUAUGUACGACGGGACCCUCCUCGUCGUUGGACUGAGUUUAGAAUUGUUUGAAGAUGAUAAGAACACCUACAAACAGUUGUUGUUGAACCUGCCUACAGAAGUUGAACUAUGUGGUGUCAUAAAAUUCGGUGACUCGCUCACUAUGGACAACCAGCUCAAGGAUAUUUUAAAGGAUGUAGAUAUAACAGAUAAUCCUCUUGUUAUCAUAAUAAAUAAGGAAAAAGAUAUGAAAGCUCACUUCUUAGUGCAUGACAAGUUUGAGGAGACUCAGUAUGAAGUGCUGAGUGCUGCGGAGAUUCAGAAACAGUUCCUGUAUGUACGCCUUAACACGGUCCUGCCACUGAGGUGUGAGGCCACCAUUGCUGGUGUCAAAAAUGUUAUGCAGAAUAAAAGGAAAAAGAUAGCCUCUGGCCAAGUGUCUUUUCAUGUGCAAGGCACAUCAGUGUACAUGUUUGGAGUGGCAUCAGAUGUGGCUCUGACGGGCAUCAGCAAUGACGCCACCGUCAGCGAGCUGGUGGAAUCACUGAGUCCUGAACAACCAGCCAAGAAGAAGAAGCAAAGCAGUAACACUGUGGAAAUAGUGCCUGUAAACUUAGUUAUGAAAUCAACAAGGGAUAUAUUAUCAGAGAAACUUGUGAAAACGGCUGUUAAAAUGAUGACUACUCAGAGAAAACCCGCAUUCUGCAUCAGCAUGCCGCUGCGGGUGGACACUCUGGCCAUGAUCCACCGGGGCACGAAGCUGCUGGAGCUGUACUCCGUGCUGGUGGAGGCCACGUGCCGCGCGCUGCGGCUGCUGGAGACCGGACUCGUUGAGCAGCUGGGUCAAGAAGGCAUUGGCGAUGGUGCAGGGUUGCGGUUACCGGAGACCUUCCACUUCUUGCCGCAGGAACUCGGCCACUUCUUGACGAGAGUCGUUCCCAAAGGCAUUCCUGAUGAGAGCAUGGAGAGCGAGCGGCGCGCGCUGCACGAGCUCCUCAACCUGCCCACGGACCGGCCGCUGUUCCGACGCGGGAACGCACACGCAGACAGCUACGGCGGCCGACUCAUCAACCCGCAUGAAGCCAUCCCUCUGCAGCCCCGCGCAGACUCGGUGGUGGCGCUAGUGCGCGGGCGCUACGCGUACCACCACUACCUGCAGGACGGCGCCGCCGACGACGGCUGGGGCUGCGCGUACAGGUCCAUGCAGACCAUCUUCUCUUGGUUUAGGUAUCAAGGCUACACGACAGUCGACAUCCCGACACACCGCGACAUACAGAAGUGCCUGGUCGACAUCGGCGACAAACCAUCCUCCUUCGUGGGCUCGAAGCAAUGGAUCGGCUCUACCGAAGUCAUGUUCUGUCUAGAGACCCUGCUUGGGGUGCAAUCGAGGAUCAUAUUCGCUAACACCGGCGCGGAGAUGUCGCUUUACGCUCCCGAGUUGGUGCAUCACUUUCAGAAGCAUGGCAGCCCUAUCAUGAUUGGCGGCGGCGUCCUAGCGCACACGAUCAUAGGCGUGGACUACAACCCGGCGACCAGCGAGGCUCGCUAUCUGAUCCUGGACCCUCACUACACGGGCGCGGAGGACCUCACUACGGUGGUCAACAAGGGCUGGUGCGGAUGGAAGAAUGGAGACUUCUGGAACAAAACUGCUCACUACAAUCUGUGUUUGCCGCAGACUAAGCCUUGUGUUUAAUCUCCUGGUUUAAGUUGAGCCGUUUGGGUGGUAGAAUAAGUUAGGUUGGAAUGGAUAACAGAAUGAAUUUUACAGUUUUAUGACCCAGCCCAGCGGCUAAGUUUUAAAGAGGCCAAGUUUAUAACAUCGUUAUGGGAAAGAAAUGUAGGUGGAGAUUAGUCGUUAAUGCAAGGUAUAAGUAUUAAUUAUCAUUGCCAACUUUUAUGUACAAUUGCAUCGCCACGUUAAUUAAUAUUAUUACUGACUUAUUGAAUUACUAAUGAUUGUUGAGGUCUCCUGUAGAACCUUAGUUAUAACAUAACCAACAUUGCUACUUUAUUAUUAUUACAAAUGAAUGUAUUUAUUGAAAUAUUUAGCAUUUUCAGUAGCAUAACCUGUGAAGCAUUUAUCAAUUAAAAAUGUGAUAAUAA